ACACAUCGGUCGGAUAAUCGAAAUGCUCUCUGCACUGAGAAAAGCUAGCUUGGUCUCUCGCGCCUUCUCUGCUGGCCAGAAACGCUUUUUGUCCAUUCAUGAAUACCAAUCCGUUCAGCUUUUGAACUCUUACAGCAUACCCACCCCGAAAGGCAUACCCGCAAGGACUGUAGAUGAAGCAUACAACGCUGCGAAAGAAUUGAGCAGCACUGGCAGUGUCAUAAAAGCUCAAGUUCUCGCUGGCGGUCGUGGAAAGGGGACGUUUGAUAAUGGUUUACAGGGUGGUGUCCACAUUGUCCAGAACCCGGAGCAAGCGAAGGAGCUUGCGAGUAAGAUGCUCGGUGCAAAGCUGAUCACCAAGCAAACUGGUGCUCAAGGCCGCAUCUGCAAUACUGUUAUGCUCGCGGAACGCCGCGACGCGAAGCAUGAAUACUACGUUGCUAUCCUCAACGACCGUGGCGUCGGGGGCCCCGUCCUCGUUGCGUCUGCUCAGGGAGGUAUGAAUAUCGAGGAAGUCGCUGCUAAAGACCCGUCAGCCAUCAUUACCACCCCCAUCGACUUCGACAAGGGUCUCAGCAAGCGAGAGGCUCUCGAUAUCGCGAAGAAGCUUGGCUUCAAGAGCGAGGGCGCGCAGUCCGAGGCCGCUGACAUCUUUAUUAACCUCUACAAGGUCUACAAGGAUAAGGACGCGACACAGAUUGAAAUCAACCCUCUUGGUGAGACCGCUGACGGCCAUGUUCUUUGCAUGGAUGCCAAGUUCGGGUUCGACGAUAACGCUGAGUUCCGCCAGAAGGAUGUCUUUGCCUUGCGGGAUAUUACCCAAGAGGAGCCCUCAGAAGUAGAAGCUCAAAAGGCUAACCUCAACUUUAUCAAGCUCGAUGGUAGCAUUGGAUGCUUAGUGAAUGGUGCUGGUCUCGCUAUGGCGACCAUGGACGUCUUGGCGCUUCACGGCGGCAACCCCGCCAACUUCCUUGAUGUUGGAGGAGGUGCUACCCCCGAGACUGUCAAGAAGGCAUUCGAGAUUCUCAGCGCUGACCCCAAGGUCAAGAGCAUCUUCAUCAAUAUCUUCGGCGGCAUCAUGCGCUGCGAUUACAUUGCUGAGGGUGUCAUCAACGCUGCAAAGGAGCUGAACAUGAAUAUUCCUCUCGUCGUCCGUCUGAAGGGUACCAAAGAGGCUGAAGCCAAGGCGAUGAUCAAAGAGUCCGGUCUUAAGAUUGAUGCCCACGACAGCCUCGACGAGGCGGCCGAGCAGGCCGUCGCCUUCGCGCAAGCAUAAUACCCCAUGUUGUUAGCUAUUUUGCAGACGAUUGUAUACUGCGCUAGACUAGUUGCAAGCUUCCCUCUCAUUCA